AUGAAAAGGCAUAAAAUUAUCUUAUAUACGGAAUAUGGGACAUACAUAAAAUCGGUUUUCCAACUAUAUAAACAAAAUAGGUCCGAAGACAGAAAAAUACAUCGUAAAAGAUAUCCAAGUCAAGCUAUGCAUGCACUUGAAGAACACGGGGUUUUCAUAGCCACGUACAACGGCGUGCCUCAGGAACUUGAGGAUGCGAUUUUCCUUGCAUCACAAGAUGUAUUUGAUCUUCCUACCGAAGUCAAAGUCCUAAGCACUUCAGAUACACCAUAUCAUGCUUACAGUGGUAAAACUCCCGUCAUGCCUCUUUACGAAAGCAUAGGCAUUGAGAACGCAACAACUACAGAAGGGGUUGAAUUCUUCACAAAACUCAUGUGGCCUUCUGGAAAUGAAAAUUUUGGUAAAAGUGCUUUGAUGUUCUCCAAAGCUGUAGCAGAACUAUAUCAGAUAGUGAUGCGGAUGGUAGCAAAAAGCUAUGGAAUAGAAGAACAAUGUGAGACGCUCCUUGGGUCCUCAGUUCAAAAUCUUCGAUUCAUGAAGUACUUAUGUCCUCAAGGGGAUGGGGGAAAUCCUCCAGGCAUGCUUCCUCACACUGACAUUAGUUUUAUGACAAUUCUUCAUGACAAACAAGUAAAGGGUCUGCAGAUAAAGACUAAGGAAGGACAGUGGAUUGAAGUUGAUCCUUCACCUUCAUCAUUCAUAGUCAUGGCAGGCGAUGUUUGCAUGGCAUGGUCAAAUGGAAGAAUUCAUGCACCGUGUCAUAGGGUUAUCAUGCAGGGAAACCAAGAGCGAUAUUCGCUGGGGCAAUUUACUUUUAUUAGGGGUCUGAACAUACAGAUACCACAAAAACUCAUUGAUGAAGACCACCCACCACGGUUUAAGGAUUUUGAUCACUACAAGUACCUCCAUUAUCUACUCACCAGUGAAGGGAUGAAAUCCGAGUGCCCCAUCAAAUCCUAUUGCAAAAUUAAUUGAGUUGUGUAUUGCUCAAAAUAAAGGUGCCACCACAUUUAUCUUAUGUAUCUUGGAUCAUAUGUAUGUCUCAUUCAAAUUGUUUCUUUAAUCAAGUAUCAUAUGUAUUUCUCUUUCAAGUUGUUUCUCUAAUCAAGUUGUAAUUACUGAAUGAAUAUAUAUAUAAUUUGUGUAAACA